CAUUUCAAAAGCAGUUCUUGGUCUCUGCAGCACUUGCUUUCGGGUUUUCUUCAUCUCUGGCAAUUGCGGGCUAUGAUACCUCUUACACGCGAUGUGGCAGGUGCCAGCAAUAAGUAUGGAUAACACCACUUGUUUCUGGCCUUCCCUUGGUCUACCUUCAGGUGUUUUCUGGUGGAUCCAUCGUCCACGUUCUGAUUCGGCGCGCGCAUUCCUGGCACAGCAUCUUUCAAGCUUGUCUUUCCCGCACCUUCACUCGUCUCGUUUCACUUUGUAUGCUCCUUUGUCAAUUAUCUUCAUCUUGGUGUGCGGCGCUUUAGCUGAGCAGCAUGCAUUAUUCGAGGCAGCAGCCUUUUUUUUUCCUUCCCUUUCUUUUCUUUUUCCAAGCCUUCAUAUUGAGGGAGGACUAGUCGUGUUGUUCUAUCGGCGGCAAGAAAAGGUCGCAUAUGUUUACGCGGCUUCCUUGUUUUUACGAGUAGAAGAUAUCAGGCAUGGGUCAGCAUUAGGGCUGACAAAAGAACGAUGUUGUUGCAGCAGUCGGAAUGGUAGAACUGGGACGGGGGCACCCGAAUCGGCUCCUUCCUUACCUCCUCUGGGAGAAGGUGCUAUGUCUACUAUCCUAAGCUCAUUAGUAUCGCUCAGCGAAAUGACGAUAAACUCUCUGUAAUGAAAUGUAUAUUCUCAAUGUCUCAA